UCACGGAUUGUCCAUCGCAUCGUGCAGACGGAGUUCUCGGUGUUCCGCAGCAAUUGUGAAAAAGAGAUCUCACAGGAGAGGCAAGACGGGCACGCAGACAAGCUCUUUCACGGUAUUUUUAAACCAUCCUCUUUCUCCACCCGUCCGCCCAGAGGGCAUCUCACACUCCGGCGACUCUUGGCGACGCUCUCAAGUGGCCCCAGACAAAGCGCGCGUGUGGAAAUUUGACCAUUUUCGCAAUACAAAUUACCAUUAACCGGACAUUUUGCAAUUACAAUUCGCGAGUGAGAAUUCUGAGUGCGUGUGUGAGCGAAGAAAUUGAGAGAAUCGUGCCACACACAGGAUUAUUCCACGAACCGCCGCCGCCGCCGCCGCCGCCGCCCCCCGCAACAAGAGUCCGCCGAGAGGGAUUACCAAAGGAAGUGAGGAAUAUAGAGAGGAGGUUUUCCAGAUUGAGCCAGCUGAGGAGGAUUCCCGUGGGCGCACACACACUUGCUGAAGAUGAAUGGGCAGAGCAUCGAGCUGAAUGGAUCGUCAAAUGGGGAUCUCUUGGCGCAGAAUCAACAGAAGGGCUGGUGGACGAUCGGGCUGAUAAAUGGGCUGCACAAGUACAUGACAGCAGAGACAUUCGGAUACAAACUCAAUGCCAACGGCGUGAGCCUGAAGAAGAAGCAACUGUGGACACUGGAGCCGUCCAGCACUGGUGAAAGCAUCAUCUACUUGAGAUCUCACCUGGGCAAGUACUUGUCCGUUGACUCCUUCGGGAAUGUGCUGUGCGAGUCAGAGGAGCGCGACGCCGGCAGCCGCUUCCAGAUCAGCAUCGCCGAAGAUGGUUCCGGUCGAUGGGCACUGAAGAAUGAGUCGCGCGGAUACUUCCUGGGCGGCACACCCGAUAAAUUGGUCUGCACGGCGAAGACAGUGAGCAAAGGGGAAUUUUGGGCUGUGCAUCUGGCUGCCAGGCCUCAGGUUAAUUUGCGGUCUGUUGGUCGGAAACGGUUUGCUCACUUGUCGGAAACUCAAGAUGAGAUUCAUGUCGACGCCAACAUUCCGUGGGGCGAAGACACGCUCUUCACGCUGGAGUUUCGAGCAGACGAAGGAGGACGUUACGCACUGCAUACUUGCAAUAACAAGUAUCUGAAUUCUAAUGGAAAGCUCGAGACGCAAUGCACCGAGGAUUGUCUAUUCAGUGCUGAAUACCACAGCGGUCAUCUGGCGCUCAGAGAUCGCCACGGACUGUACUUGUCGCCGAUCGGAUCGAAGGCUGUGCUGAAAUCCCGCUCCCAGACAGUUACCAGGGAUGAGUUGUUCUCGCUGGAGGACUCCCUGCCGCAGGCCUCCUUCAUCGCCGCCCUCAACUCCAAGUACGUCUCCGUGAAGCAGGGCGUGGACGUGACGGCCAACCAGGACGAGAUCGGCGAGAACGAGACGUUCCAGCUGGAGUUCGACUGGUCUGCCCAUCGCUGGGCUCUGCGCACCACCCAGGAUCGCUACUGGUGUCUGUCCAACGGCGGCGGCAUCCAGGCCACGGGCAGCCGCCGCUGCGCCGACGCCCUAUUCGAGCUGGUGUGGCACGGCGACGGAUCCGUGAGCUUCCGCUCCAACAACGGCCGCUUCCUGGCCACCAAGCGCUCCGGCCACCUGUUCGCCACGUCGGAGAGCAUCGAGGACAUCGCCAAGUUCUACUUCUACCUAAUCAACCGGCCCAUCCUGGUGCUGAAGUGCGAGCAGGGCUUCGUGGGCUACCGGGCGCAGCACAGCAACAAGCUGGAGUGCAACAAGGCCACGUACGAGACGAUCCUGGUGGAGCGGGCGGAGAAGGGCAUCGUGCACUUCAAGGGGCACAACGGCAAGUACUGGAGAAUAGACGGGGACGGAAUCACAGUGGACGCGGACUCGCCAUCCGAUGGCUUCUACUUGGAACUCAGAGAACCAACUAGGAUUUGCAUUCGAUCCACAGAUGGAAGGUACUUGGGCGCCACGAAAAAUGGCACCUUCAGAAUAGUCGAGGGCGGAUCAGAUUCAGCCACGCAGUGGGAAUACUAAACAUAAUCUAUCCACUACCUAAAGAAACAUAUUUUAAAUGUAUUGUGCUUAAUUAAUUAAUGCUAUUUAUAUUAUUACACCGUAUAUCAUAUGAUUAUCAUCUUUUAAUUUUUCGUGUGCGUGGCUUUCAAUUCCUCCUCCUUUGAGAAAAAAAAUAAUAUCACAAUUGGAAGCGCGUUUAAGAAAGAGAGAGCCACUAAACUUGCAAUAAUAAUGUUUUCUUAAAGAUUUAACGCAAUGUUUAUUUAAAUGAUGACAUUUUUUGAUCAUGAGACACUUCUGCGGAAGAAUUAAUUGUAAUAUUUUUAUAUUAUACAAUAUUUAUCUUUCACAUAGGCAAAGUUGAAAGCUGAAAGAAGUCAUUCUUGAUAUUUAUAUUUAUAUAUAAAUAAAGUAACGCAUAAUAUUAGUCACUCCAGCAAGAUGAAGACGAUCAAACUGAAUAAGAAGAAUGGAAUAAUAAAAAGACACCCAGAGAACUGCCAAAACUGUCCAAUAUUUGUUUGUUUUUUAAAUGUAUAAACACAAAAAGUGUGUGUUUUUUUUUAAACGGGGACACAAGAAAAGUAGUGCGCGAGAAAAAAAACACCCUCGAAAAUAGACACCGAGAUUUUCUACCGAAAGCAAAAGAUUUGACACAAUUUACCGCAUUUUUGCAUCGCAUUUUUGUAACAAGAGAGACAGAUUUUUUCUAGAAUAACUUAUUAUUGCUAAUAAUUGAUAGCGAUAUCGUAAUUUACACAAUUAUAAUAAAGAUGACGAAAAAUAA